UAUCAUUCGGGAUCGUGUAGUCAGCGGGAGCGGUUGCUUUUGUUGUGUUGUUGUCUAUCCCCGGCAGUUCCCUCCUUUUUUGUGUGUGUGUCUAUAUCUUUAGAGAGAGAAAAAAACAAAACAAAACAAAAAAACUGGUCUUUACUGUGACGCGAAAAGGUCCUCCCCGUGCCGCCCCGUUGUGCGUUUGACUAGUCAGGUUCAUACCUGUCACUGUUAUUAUAACAGAUCUCGUGAAGUAAAAACAGCAUCAACAGUUGGAACUCUUUUGUUUUUUCGCCUCUGGGAGAAUUUUUUUUUUUUUUUUCAUAUUCAUUACCGAACUUGAAAAAGGAGAAUUUAUUUUUUAAAAAAAAAUCAAAAAAGGGAUUUUAUUUAUUUUUAUUUUUGACUAUCAUCAUUCUUGUUUCACUGUAUGCAUAAGAAGUGUACAUGUGUGUGUGUGCACUACCCCUAUUGGUGGACGGCUGUCGGUCAGUCAGUGUCAGCUUCGACCAAAUUCGUCGACACCUUUUCUAUUAGAGGGCAAAACGCACGAGCCAACAGCUGGGAAAAAGGCCGGCCGGCCAAAAGGAGCCACCAGUCAAACAGUGAAGAAAUCAAUCUUCAAUUCAUCAGGAGCAGCAGAUGUGCAGUGGUGCGUUGAAUAGUGGGAAGGCGGCGAGAGAAAUAAAGACAGACGACGAUCGAGUUCUGUCGAAGGACGAAAGGUGUCGCCGGCGGGUAAAUUUCGGCAGCUGUUGAACUCGAUUUCACUCCCGAAAAAAAAAAAAAAACACAACGGAAACCCCAAAACAAAUACAUCGGAACAAAUUAGAAGACAAAUCACCGACGCUGCUUGCAUAUUUUAAAAUAAAUCUUGUUAUUCGCCAAAAUUCAAAGAAAAAAAAAAACAAAAUCAAAACAACAACAACAAAAUGUCGUCUGGAAAUAAUCAGGAUAAUGAAGAGCGCGGUGGCCGUCUGGCCGUGAAAUCGCAGCGACUGGACGGGUUGGACAUUGAGCAGGACACGAAGACGGGAGCGGCUGCUGGGCCGUGCGAUCCUGCGCAGUCGAACAACAAUCGAACUGCCGCCAGCGUUGGCAGUUGCUUAAAGACUAGCGCCGCAGUGACGGAAGGAGUUGUCAGACUGGGCACCAGUUGUGCUCCUGCCGCCAGUGCUGCUGGUGUCAAAAGCGGGCCAGCGCCGGUCAGUUUGUCUCAAAUUUUGCAGCGCACCGGUGCCAGCGGUAGUCAUCAACAUUGUGGCAACGUCAGUGGUAGUGGUGGUCACAGUAGUCAUAGCAGUGGCAUCAGCAACAGCGGCACUAGUGGCAGUGGCGGUGGUGGUGGUGGUGGCGGGGGCGGCGGCGGAGGAGCACCUCCUGCAGUGGGAGUCAGCAGUCAGACUCCGUGCGAACGGGCGGCCAGUCACCCGCCCGCUCACGUUCCGUCCCAUCACCACUCGUCGUAUUAUCAGUACGGCAGCAAAGGAGUCAGUCAGGCCCAGCCUAGCCACCACGGCUAUCAACCCAAUUCCACUCUGCCUAUCGCCGGUGUCCGAAUUAUGGGCCACGGGGCGUCUUGUCUGACCGGCUCGGCCGCGCCCGCCUCCUCGUCGUCGACCAACAAUUGCAGUGUCAGUUCCUUUACGCCACUUCAACGCAAUCUGCCGACGCAGCAGAAAGCACCGACAACGACGGCGGCAGCAGCAGCAGCUGGGAGUUUGACAUCGUCUUCUGUUACGACGACAACGACGGCCACGGCAUCGUCGAUUAAUAUGAGUGGCGCAGCCAACAAUUCGAACGCUCACGGAGCAGCCGGCGCGGCUGGUGCCAAAAACGUGCCGCAAGAUUACCAAUACCUGUGCAACUUGGUGCCGGAGCUCAAGACGGAAUUGAAGGAGCGCGAAUCGAGGCUCGAUCUCUAUCAGACGGAAACGCUGGAACUGAAGCGACGUUUGAAAAAAAGAGACGAGGAAAUCGGUAGACUGCAGCGCGAAAUUCACAAGCUCAAGAGCGUUUUGCAAGCCACAUCUCGGGGCCAACAGGAUGGCAGCGAGACGUCGCUGCAAUCGGGAAUCAGCGGUCUGGCAAUAACGAAUAACGGCCAACAGCCACCUUCGUCGCUGCAAUUGCCCGGCUUGUUUGCCAAACGUCAGGGUGUCUCGGGAGAGAGCUCCGACUUGCACAACCACCAUAAUAAUCACCACGGACAUCACGGCAACCACCACAACCGGUUGCCUCUCACGGCCAACAAUCAGCAACAGCAAGCCGACAUUUCCCUCUUGGUCACCUCUCACGAUAAAGAUUUCCGAGCCAAACAACUGAUCAAGGAUGCUGUUAUGGAGAAUGACUUCCUCAAAAAUCUGGACGCCAGUCAGGUCCGUGAAAUCGUCGAAUCCAUGUACCCGCGUGAAUUUGAGAAGGGUAGCUACGUGAUCCGCGAAGGAGACGCUGGAUCACAUUUGUACGUGUCGGCCGAGGGGGAGUUGGAAGUCGUCCAGGGUGACAGAGUACUGGGACGAAUGGGCCCCGGUAAAGCGUUCGGAGAAUUGGCCAUCCUUUACAACUGCACGCGGACAGCAUCUAUCAAAGCCGUAACGAGUGCCAAAGUAUGGGCACUGGAUCGUCGAGUCUUCCAGCAGGUGAUGAAGAAAACUGGCCUGCAGCGCAUCGACGACAACCUCAAGUUCCUGCGCAGUGUGCCUCUCUUUGAACGACUCACCACCGAUCACAUGUCCAAGAUCGCCGACGUCCUCGAAGUGGAAUUCUACCCAGCGGGGACGUACAUCGUCCGGCAAGGCGGUCGGGGUGACAAUUUCUUCAUCAUCGCUAGCGGUCGCGUCCAGAUUACGCAACGACUACCCGGCAAGUUGGAAGAAGAGGAAGUGCGAAUAUUGGAGAAUGGCGACUACUUUGGUGAACAAGCGCUGUUAAGAGAAGAAUGCCGUAGCGCUAAUGCGAUCGCCCUAGCACCGGGCGUCGAGUGCCUCACCCUUGGAAGAGACUCGUUCAUUCAGUUAAUUGGAGAUCUGAGUGAAUUACGAGCCAAGACGUACGACGACGAGUCGCGUGGCUUCUCUUCCGGCUCCAGUUCCGUCAGCAGCCGUCCAGGAGACAGUGGCGUUCCUGCCCAGUUGGUCUCUGAAUACGCUCACGUCAGACUGGCCGACUUGGACGUGGUGGCCACGCUGGGCAUCGGCGGCUUUGGCCGCGUCGAGCUCGUCCAAUGCGCUUACGACCGGUCGUUGACUUUUGCCCUCAAGUGCCUCAAGAAACAGCACAUUGUCAACACGCUCCAACAGGAGCACAUUUACAGCGAAAAAAACAUAAUGAUGUCGUGUAGGAGUCCUUUUAUCGCUAGAUUGUACAACACAUACCGGGAUAACAAGUAUGUCUAUAUGCUGAUGGAGGCUUGUUUGGGUGGCGAAUUGUGGACGAUCCUACGUGACCGUGGCCAUUUUGACGACGGGGCCACCUUGUUCUAUACGGCGUGCGUCAUCGAAGCCUUUGAUUACUUGCAUUCGCGAAAUAUCAUCUACCGCGAUCUCAAGCCCGAGAAUCUUCUGCUAGACAGUCACGGCUAUGUCAAACUGGUGGAUUUCGGCUUCUCGAAAUUGUUGGGCGUUACCAGCAAGACGUGGACUUUCUGCGGGACUCCCGAGUACGUUGCACCUGAGAUCAUCCUCAACAAAGGUCACGAUCGAGCUGUCGACUACUGGUCUUUGGGCAUUCUCAUCUUUGAAUUGCUGACGGGAACGCCACCGUUCACUUCGCCGGAUCCGAUGAAGACGUACAACAUCAUCCUCAAAGGCAUCGAUCAGAUUGAAUUCCCACGUAUUGUCAACCGUGCAGCUCAAGCUUUGAUCAAACGUCUGUGUCGUGAAAUGCCCGUCGAAAGGCUGGGCUAUCAACGCGGCGGGAUCGAUGACAUCAAGAAACACAGGUGGUUUCAAGUGUUCGACUGGGAUGGCCUGUCUAAUAGAACCUUGGCAGCGCCUAUUACACCUGUGGUACGGGGCCCAGCUGAUGCUUCCAACUUUGACACCUACCCCAAAGAGAAGGAAUCGCCACCCGAUGAACUCUCCGGUUGGGACGUUGAUUUCCAGUUGUGCAAUUAAGAGUUUGACGUCGUCAAAAUCACACACGCAAUCGUCCAAAAUUACACGUCACCCGACACACACGCGCGCGGAGUGCAGACACACACACACACACACACACACACAAUGGUUCGAGAAAGAAGAAAGAAAAAUGCAACUUUUAUUUUUGUUUUGUUUUUUGUUUUUUUGCCUAGACGCGGAAUUCGAUUAUUUUCGAUCGCAGCACAAUAUCUAAUUUCUCUUGUGUGAAAAACGAUUGGUAUAAUUCGGUUCUUUUCGUCUCUUUGGCAUCUCGCCCUUUUUUUUUCUAAAAAUUAAAAAAAAAAAAAAAAAAGGGAAAUAUGUAGAUAUUACUAUUAAUUAAUUAUUAUCACAUAAGCUGCUGAGAAAGGGAGAAAAAAGGAGUUUUGACACCACCGUUUGUUCCUCAAGUGCCUCUCCUUUUAAUUCGCAUUAUUAUUAAUAUAUUAUAACACAUACAAUUUUUUUUAAACUGCUGUUGCUAUACGACACUGGCGCUGCUCUUCUUUGUUGGGCUCUUAUUUACUUGUCUGUUGAAAAUGGUUCUUUUCCAUUUUUCAACCUCCCACAAGUUUUCAGCAGCGAGGAGAGCAGCAACUGGCGUAUAUUGAAACGAAAAAGAAAAAAAAAUAUCCUAGUUUUCAAUGUGUGCGUAUGUGUUUCUUUAGUUUCCUCCACUUCUUCUCAUUCAUUUUCCAAUACUUCAUCUCCACAGCAAAAGCAAUCUUCUCCUCCUACUCCCCUGGCCGCCCUACAAUUCUUUCUGGGAAGGAAAUGGGAAAAAAGAACUUUUUCUUCUUCGUCUAAACCAUAAAUAAUGUAUACAUGUUUGUGUACUCUUAUUACACAUUCACAAUUUGCA